CAGAUAUAUUGUCAUGGGGAAAGCCUUACUGAAUCGCGACAUAUUUUUGGAGAUCGUAGAGUACUUGCCAAAGAGCUCCCUCGCGGCUUUGGCAUGUACUUCCAAAGUUCUGUGCGAUGCUGCCUUGGAUGGGUUAUGGCGUGAGAUGGAUUCAUUGGAUCCCUUGUACCGGUGUUUGCCGUCCGGGGUAUGGAUGGACUUCCGUGAGCAAUUGGUGCUUGCCGGGGCCCCCGUACAGCCAAACGACUGGCUUAGGUUCAUUUCCUACGCCAAUCGAAUAUGCAGGCUUUCUUUGAAUGAGAGCGCGCAGCUGCGGUUGGACUUCCUCAAGGUGAUUAAAUAUCACCUGCCUCGCGGUGUCGCAGUGUUUCAGCGCCUCAAAAAUCUACGGCUCGUGCGCAAUAGCGCAGACUCCGAGUUCUUCCUCGGCCUUUCCAUUCUCUUGCAUCCUGGGUUGCAAGCGGUGGACCUAUCCGCCACUCUUACAGACUGCGUCGUUGCGACGCUGAGCUACAUGCAAACUCGCUGCCCUGAUAUCCAGGAGCUUUCCAUCACGAAGGCGAUUGGUGUCAUGCCUAUGAUCGACUACUUCGCCCAGCUUCGAAUUCUCGUUUACGAUAGCCCCCAAGACGUCGUCGAUCUCCACCUGAUCUUUUCGCUUGCUCACUUACCUCACCUUCGGGCGCUGAAGAUCACUGCUCGCUUCGCCCCCGAUCCCUUGGGCACUAGCUCGUCCACGAGAAAGCCUCAUGAUCAGGCUUUCCCCGCUCUCGAAGAGUUAUCGCUUGAUCAUGCUACGAGCCUUCAGGCUGUAUCACAUCUCCUUCGGCUCAUUACUUCGCCCACGCUACGCUUGUUUUCCUUAGCUUAUGGGCUACCAGAUCGCAAACCUGCGGGAGGAGACCUGAGAGACCUCUCGACGGGUCUCUCGCGGCACCAAAAACUCGGCUCGCUUUCCCUGAGAAGUCUCCAAGUACCGGAUGACGCUGUCCAAAUCAAGGAUUUGGGAGGCCUAACCGAGCUGAAAUGCUUGACCGACGUCCACCUCACAGAUAUCUUGUCCCACAAAAGCAUGAGCGCCGCCGGUAUAGCUGUCCUAACACACUCCUGGAGCCGUCUUUGCACCCUGCACAUCAUCUGCAAGCCCUGGCACGACGAUCGUGCUGCAGCCAAAGUCAGUGUACCCAACAUCUCAGUCCUUUCUCGUCUAGCUGCAAACUGUCCUUGCUUGCAAGAGCUUCGCGUAGCAAUCGAAGCAACGCGCUUUUCCCAGCCAUUGGACGUAAACACCCCAGGCGAGCGAUGUGAAAACCCUCUGCACCUCUUACUCUGCUCGGCAUCUGCAUUAGAGAACACUCCAGAGCACGCGUACGACGUCGCGGAAUACAUCUCGGACACCUACCCUCGUGUCGAUCUUUCGUACGAAGGUCCACAGGACGGAGCCCGCUGGAAAAAGUAUGGUGCACAGUGGGGAGAAGUUAAGAAGCUGGUCAUGCGCAUGAGUCGGACGAGAGCUAUGGAAAGGCGGAGGAUCGAAUUGGAAAUGUUGAAGUUGGUCGAAGGCGUCUCCCAGAUGUCGAGCAAUAGCUUGUAGAGGCGUGUAACAUUCUUUAGUGCUGGUCCAGCAGAGUGAUUUUGA